AUGAGCCGCUCGAGUGACAAGCAAAUGACCGACAAGGAGGUCUCGGCCGCCUUUACUUCAUUUUACCUUCAGCGGGCCACUAAAGAGUUCGCAGAGGACCUCGACAAGAUUCGCAAUGCUGAUGAUUUCAAGAGCGAAGCAAUUCCCACUCUGGUCAGCGCAUUGUCCCAGGGUACCGCCAUGUUCUCGUCAGCAGAUCAGCGCAGGAUCGUCACGGCGGAUGGUCCGGUGAAGAAGUCAGCUUGA